AGCGUCCACGGAGCAUGGCCGCUUUCUCAGUGUAACAGCUAAUUGUUUAUAUUCCAUUUGUAAAUAGAACGCACGCGUACCGGGAGGAGGACGAUUUCAACAAGGUAGACAUGUGUGAUCUUCUGUGAGUGUAUUUUCUCCCUCGACCGAAACAUCACCCUCCUUGGCGCGACGUCUUGGUUUUUUUGUUGGGGUUUUUUGGACACUGGACACGGAAUUGGAAGUGAAACACGAAUAUAAACAAUACAGCGCAACACGUCAGGUUUUUAUUCAGCUGCAUGUAUGUACGGCCGAAUGAAGAAUGACAAUCGUGGCCUAUAAUGUUAUUAGCCCACAUGGUUAAUACGAUAACGUAUUGGCCGUGUAUUUCUGUUUGAAUGUGGUUGUUGCACUGGCGCUUCGCAUUACAGGAUUUAAAGGGGGAAAAAAGGGCCAGAACAAAUGUGAAAGUCUUUAUUUAAACUCAGGAUAACAGGUGAAGAUGACAGAGAUAAAAAUGGGCUUUAAGAUUCCCUUUCGCUAUUUGGAUUAUGACAUUUGCGUGUUUGCUGUUAGAAGAUUCGAAUGUUAUUGACACAAUAAAACAAAGCAAUUCUUGGAAGAACGGAUCGCUGUCAAUUCCAUUUUAAAACUUGACAAUAAGGAGCAUUUUCGUGAACCUUUCCAGAAAACAGUUCGUGUAUUUCGAGUGAAUGUUUGCCAAUAUAUUUUAUUCCAUAUAUGUGACAUUUUAUAUUCGAUGAUUAAUAAAUCAUUGUGCUCUAGUGGUGUCGUUAAACAAAACAAACGUUAAACUUUCCACAUAUUCAUCGUCGAAUUAUUUCUCUCUUGUGGAUUUGUAUUUCGCUACAAUCAAUUCUGACCAAUCGACAAAUUAUUUCUGUUGUGGAUUUUUUAACUUAAAUCAACUUUGACCCAUCGUCGAAUAAUUUCUCUGUUGUGGAUAUUUUUGCUUAAAUCAACUUUGACCCAUCGUCGAAUAAUUUCUCUGUCCUGGAUUAUUUGACUGAAAUCAAGUUUGACCCAUCGACAAAUAAUUUCUCGGUUGUGGAUAUUUUUGCUAAAAUCAACUUUGACCCAUCUUAGAAUGUCGUGUGCUGGAGGAAGCUUUCGUCUGGUCUGAGGGAAAUAUCGUCUGCUGACAGAUCCACAUUGUACACGUGUGUAUCAACAAUGCCAUGUCCAGCGACCAGUCACUGACCUUAUGUUCACGGAGUCGGACGAUCCGAGUAUGUGACGAAGAGACGGAAUCACUGUAUUAACGUUUUGGCUGGAUAUUAUAAUAUUUGAGUGGGGAUUAUCGCCAAAGUCGGCCCCAAAACGCGGAUUCUGGAUUCCACCGUCAAAACAAAGAAAUGCCUCUUAUUCUCGUGACACGGGGGAAAUAUUUGUAAGAUGAACGCUUUUUAAGUGUAAUUCUUUUGUGUUUUGUGAUUCCAUGGUAAUACGUAAACAGUUGAAUAUCUGGAAUUUGUUUGCAUUAAGAUGAAUUAACUGGAACAUACCUUAUGUUCAUUCUUUUCUAAAUAUGACUGGAUAUAUACUCUAUUUAAAUUUCAUGUAUGAACAUGACUCAUAUGUUUGAAAGUCAAACAUAUCGUAUUUCUUUCAUUUCUGUUCAUAACGUGGAUACGUAUAACAAUUAAAACAUACCAUUAAUAUGUUUCAUUUCUUUUUAAAAAUGACUUGGAUGUAUAUGUUAAUAUGGACUUAAAGGAAAAGUGACCACCAAAAGGACAAUUUUAAUAGCUUUGAAGUUCGAAUAACUGAUUACACUAACGCAUCUAUCUAAUCCAUUAUUGUCCGGGAUUUCCAUCAACGAUACUGAAGUCCAUUUAAAACAAAGAUUCAGAUAAGAAGAAGGACGGAGCAGUGUUAGUGAUUUUAUCGAUGACUGUGGAAAAACGUUCAGAAACUUCUAUAUAACGAAGAAACUGCUAAUUAUUCUCAUAUUGACUGAAGGUGUUUCUGGACAGCUGCUUUUCAAACUAAUAGACAGACAGACAUACACACGUACGUAUAUUCGUUCCUCAAAGGCGACGGGUAUGAUACUAUUUUCUCUAAACCUAGCUUUCAUUUGGACACGGUAUUAUUCACAAGGAGCAUUUGCAAUGAAUAUUAAAACAAUGAUGUCAUCUAACAACAGAUGUAUCUGUUUUAACACUGUUGAUUGGUGACGAAUGAGUGAUGACACCCACACCCAGUUAACGCUUAACAUCGUAAUUCGUACGGUCGGUCAAAGGACCAGAUAAAUCUAACUUCUAACAGCUAGUGUACUUUUUGUUUCGGAAAUAUUCUGCGAGUUUUAGUCACACCCUUGGAGUCUUCCUCAAAGGAAUUCUGAUAAGUCAGAUCGGUAAUAUUUUCGAGAAUUAGCAAGAAAAUUGUGAUGUGUUGGUUUCCAAAUAUUUCUAGUGUUACUAAAAGGAUUUCUGUUGAAGCCAACUCGAUAAUAUUUUCGAGGAUUAGCAACAUAAUUCUGUUGUGUUGGUUUUCCAAAUAUUUCUAGAGUAUUACUCAAAGGAUUUCUGAUUAAGCCAAGCCAACUCGGUACAAUUUUGAAGAACUAGCAACACAAUUCUGAUGUCUUGGCAUUCUAAUUUGGUUAAAUUACGCGAGUGUUAAACGCCAAAUGACUUAAUCCAAUUCGGUCAUACUCCACGAAUUCCAGUUAGGUAAUAUUCUUUACCGAAAUCGGUUACAUUCAUUUACUUCUCACUUAUUCCCAUUUUAUCCUUAUUUCGCGAAUAUUGGUUGACAGCUUAUUUAUUCCAAUUUUCUGUCAUACCGCAAAGUGUACUCUGUGAAACAAUUCACACGAUUAGCCUCCCCUGAAGCCGAGGGUUGUGAAAUAUUUAGUUAGGCCGUCUGUUACGAGAUUCUGUCACGAGAUAGAUCAAUGCUGAUUCGAUCAGAGUGAUGGCCAUUUCUUGUAUUCUUACUAUUCGUUAUAACGACUUCUGCAGCUAAAUGGAUGUUUCAUUUUCAAAUGCCAAGCGUGAUGUUCAAAGAUCAUUCCAAAGUUUCGUGGUGUUCUAUUGGUGUUUUUAAGGGUCUCUGUGCGUUUACGGUUAUACUAUUUCAAAGGAUUUAAUUAAGGGUGAACACUGCUUUCUUUGCAUUAUCGUUUUAAGACAGAUUACAGUUGCAUAGGAAUAGUCAAGUUUUAUACUGUAUCAGUUUACUGGUUUAUACUGUGUCCGUUGACAGGGAUCAGGAAACGUUGUGUUAACUGGAACUUUGAGACAUUUUUACUUCUUUCCAAAGAUGAUAUUUUUUGGUUUGAAAAAGAAAAUCACCAAGGUCGUCAUAUACCUUGUUUCUACUUUGACUUAUUAAUAUUUGUGAUUUUUGUGGAUUGGUGGAUUCUGUUUAUUCGCAACUUAUUAUUAUCAUUAAGAAUUUCGUGGAUUCCGGAUAAUCGCAUCUUAUUAUCAUUAAGAAUUUCGUGGAUGAGUGGAUUCCGGAUAUUCGCAAAUUUUUAAUCAUCAUCAAGAAUUUCGUGGAUUAUUGGAUUCCGAAUAUUCGCAUUUUUUUAAUCAUCAUAUAGAAUUUCGUGGAUUACUAGAUUCCGGAUAUUCGCAAAUUAUUAAUAUCAAGAUUUUCGUGGAUUUUUGGAUUCCGGAUAUUUGCAGUUAUCAUCAGUAAUUAAGUGGGUUAUAGAUUCCGGAUAUUCGCAUACGUCACAUAAAACUGCUUUCAUGGGAAGGCUAACCUGUGGCAUCCUAUAUGUCUCUCUCCGCGGAAUCCUGGGACAAUGACGGACUUCGGACAGACGGUAGCAUGGCUGGUAUUGUCGCCCAUAGCGUUCAUUACUAGCGUUCUCGCAAUCGUGAUCGUCGCGCACUACAAACCGUUUUUCCACGCCAUCGACAUAGCGCUGCUGUCGCUCUUCGCUACCAUGGCUCUGAACUCCGCCAUUCUCCUGCCCGUGCCCGCAGUUGUCUACUUGCGACAGGCGACCUGGGACAGCCACCUGUGCAACUUCUACGUGUGGGCGACGAUCACGUUCAGAGUGGCAGAACUUCUCGGUCUGAUGUAUAUGAGUUUUCACUGGAUCGCGGUUCUCAGGUGCCCGCCAGACAAGAAAUGGUACGGGUCUACAAAAGUUACGAAAUUUGUCCUUCUGGGCAUAUGGUUCCUGGCUAUCCUCGCUGGGAUUCUGCCGUCAAUAGGAGCCGGCAACGAUAGUCUAGCAGACAAGGAGAAUCACUGCCGCUUCCUGCCGUAUGACCUUGGUGACGGGUUCGCAAUGUUCUUUCUCCUUCUGACGCUGUUCGCCAUGUGCAUGUGUUUCAUUUGUUCCCUGGAUACCAUGAUGUUGUUGAGGCACAUGAAGAGGGUGGCGGUUGUCAAGUACCACGCCGGGAGGUUCUGUCUGCCGCCGACGUCGUUAUCGUCGUCAUCAUCGUCGUCGGUGGCGACCCCCAGCGUCAACCAGACGGCGCACAGCAAGUACAACGAGUUGACCUUCUCCGCCGACCUGUGUCGUCUGCUAAUUUGCGUCAUAACGAUCUCGGCGUGUGUCAAUCAUUUCCCGUACAUUAUUAUACAAUUUAUGCAGCUUGUCCAGACGCCAAACCGGAAGUCGUCUGAAGCGGCAGUCCUCUGGCUGUUGCUACUGGAGACGCUGACGUUGCCGCACGCGCUUUGGCUGGUUUCCAAGAGAUACAGACAUGCCCUCGUCUACACGUGGAAGGUUUAUAUCGUGCGUGACACGGCGGCCGAGGAAGAAGCGAAAAUCAGGUCAUUUCGUCAAACUCUGUGGCCCACGCUGCCACCCGCCAGACUCGAUCAGUCUAUACACGCCACUGCCUGCACUCUACAGUCCUACACCCGCAGAGUGAGAGACGAGGAUGGGACGCUGGUGAAAAUCACCGCACGUGCUAAUGGCCGACAGACAGUCAACGUGGGUAAUCGAGGCCGGGCGGUCACCAAUGGGACACCUCACCGGAUGAACGGACACGGAUCGACGACACACACGCCCAACCAUUACGACAAUGUGAAGGAAAAUGGCCGCGCUACAGAAAUCUUCACCACCGACCUGGACGACGGAAUGACGGUCAUUACCAACACGCGCUCUGGUCAGGUUCAUUACAUCACAGACGGCAGUUCUAAUAAUAGCAAAACUGGCGCGCGCGGGUCCACGUCUGCUUCGACGACCCCCAGCAAGUCCUCGUCUACGCUCGGAACACCCUCUCGCGGUCAAGAUCUUAGGCGGUCGUCAUCUGCUCGUUUGGAAUGGAAGGAACAGAUGAGGAGGAAACAUUUGCCAGCAAUUUUCGUGAACGAGGCUUUCGAUACGGAAGAUCUACCACCGAGUCCUGAAAAGGUAAUGAAUUCGCCAAAGAAGCACUCCCACAAAGUGAGCGACCUCUCUCUGUACUACAUGUCCUCGGACUACCACCCGGAUCACCUGGUGGAUCUGGCCCCGAAACUUCAGCACCAGGAGAGCGAGGGAGUCUGUAACCAGUACGAUGACAAAGAUUUCGAGUAUCUCCUUGACGACGCGAAUGCCGUGGCCGACACGAGCAUGUCUAAAGAUAUUGAGCAGGCCUUCCACAGCGUCCUUCUGAGCGAAUCUCUAAAGAGUGGACCUGACGACGAAAAGGUUGUUGAGGGAGAUCUACAAGGGAAAUCCUUACGCUGCGAGGCAGACGACGAUGUUUUUCACAACGGUGUGUACAGCCAUUCGUUAAACCGUCAGGCUAACGUAGCUUCUGAACAAGACAUAUUUGUAGGAGGACUUGUUGACAGUGGCACCAACGAGAAUAACAUUAAGACUGAGUUCGGCAGUACCAGCAGUUUCGAAACCAUGGACAAUAACAUGGAACCGCGAAGCGAGUCGAGCGAUCGCUCUGUGACUAUAGAACCGUACACCGAGGGUCGGCGACCUCCGUGGAUGGACGAGGACUUUGACAGUUCGUUCAGUGCAAUGGUCGAACCUCUGAUCGGAGAAUCCGACACCGACACUUUAAAGGACUCCAAUGGAAGCAGUGUGUUCGAGAUGAUGGCUGGCGGUUCCGAGCAGUGUGUGUCCAGUGUUUCUAGUCCACCGCAGUUCGACGAAGAGACGGACCGAGGGUUCGAGGCAGCCUUGGCGUACAACUACGCGUACGGACACUCCACGAGUCUGGGUCUGUGUUUCGAAUCCAUCAAAGAGGAGCCGGAGGAGACGGUCGGCGAUAACAGGAGCCCGUUUGGCGAUGACGAGGAGCUCAGCGCCAUUUUCAAAACUCAGGCAGUCGUGUCCAGCAGGCCCUCGUCCAGAGCCGACUUCGACCAGCCGUCUGAACGUCCGUCCGUCCGGGAGUCAACAGAGACUCUGCCAAUGAACGGAUCUGCAGAAUCUGUGGACGAGAAAGAGAUGGGACAAGUACACUCCGGGGCGGGAGACGGCUAUCAGUAUUACAACGACCAGGCGGCUCGUUUUGGAAUGUUCUACGACUCGUCGUACCCAGAGGAGUCGGGGGAUCGGUGUCUGUUAACGGACACGGAGAACCCCGCAAAGAGUUCAGUGAACAGUCGAGGUAAUAUUGAAGAAAGCACCAGCUUUCGCACCGCAGAAAGCGUUUCCAUAGCAACUGAUAACUGUGGUCAUAGCGGACAUGGUGCAUCCAUAGUAACUGAUAGUCGUGGUGACAGCGGGGAUGCCGUGUCCAUAGUAACCAACAGCUACGACCAGAGCAAUGAUUUCAUUACAAAUAAACAGGACGCAGAUCCGUAUGCUAACAUCCGUAUGAGUACUUUCGGAACGGGUGGUGGAAACCCGUUUGUAGAAAACAGCAGUGCCGACACUAACGGCCACGAACUCGACAGCAAACACAAUCAUGACCCUUUCCAACCCGACCCUAAAUCGUCGCACGAUCGCAUGCGCUCCCAACUUCCGGAAAGGAAGGAAGUGAGUUAUAACGGGUUUUCCGCCUGGCCCGAGGAAGACAUCGAGAUGUCUGACAUGUCCUUUGAUUCAGACUUCUCCUCGGUUUCAAACGACAAAUCGAAUCCCUCGGAAACCCAGGAACCCUCUUCUGUGAUUGGUCAAAAGAACAAGAGCGCCUUGAUGAACAACCUCUCCCCUCAGACGAACGAUUCCGAUGUCCAUACAGCAUUUUUCUAGUGUUACACCAGAUCCGUAUUAGCAACUGUUACUGUAUAGUUAAUAAAUUAUUUAUUUUAGCCUU